AUGGGAAUGAUCACGCAGGCCAGUAAUCUUCUACACGUAUUACAGGCCUACUUAGAAAAGUAUCUUGAACGAGUUUCCCAACCAAAGCCUGUCACAGCAAUUAAUUCCUCGACUGAAUCCAAAAAAAAGAGCAACGAUGAUUUACAAAUAAUUGUCGAAAAAUCCAAUACAGAUGAGAACUAUAAUAUUACAAAAAUGAAGAGAUGGUUUUUAUUGAUAGCCAGGAAAUAUUAUGCAUUAAUGGAAAACAAGCUUUUAAUGUUUUGUGUUGUCGCUUGCUCAUUUAUUUGUGUUAUCCAGUUCCUAUUCUUUAUAAUUUACUGGACAGACAUAGUACCUCGAAAGACACAAAGGGCAAUAGAUAACCGAAAUUACGACUAUCUAACAACCCAUUUAGGAGAGCAGUGCGUCCCGUAUGAGAAAAUUCUUGACCAAUGUGUUCUGUAG